GUUGAAGAGGAUAAAUUAAGUUAUCUACAAAUAAACAAUCAAUUUGCAACGGGUUAUUGUUGACUGAAGUUGGUGAUAAUCAGAGUUUGUGAUAAUAAGACUACGUGAAAGAAUACGUGAUAACUUCUAGCCAACGCUUUUUCUUCCCGGCACUAUUAUGACUCAGGAAUUAACCCCAGAACAAAUCGAUACCUUUGAUAAGGACGGAAUGCUUUGCAUUCCUGAUUUCUUAACUACCAGUGAGGUGCAGGGCUUACUUAAAAGAUCACAUGAACUCCUAGACGGAUUUGAUAUCGGUGAUCAUCCGAGGACCCAGUUCAAAACUGGCGAUAACGAUCAUAUUGGAGAUGAGUAUUUUUUCAAUUCUUCGGAUAAAAUAUCAUUUUUCUUUGACGUGGAUGCCUUUGAUGAUAAUGGACAAUUGAAGUAUCUGAAACAACAGGCCAUCAAUAAGAUUGGACAUGGAUUGCAUAUGAAAGACGAGGUUUUCGCUAAUUUGACUUUCCUCAACAAGAUCAAACGAGUUGCCCAAAGCUUAAAAUACUCGGAUCCUCGUAUUUUACAGAGUAUGUUGAUUUUUAAACAGCCAGUUGCUAAUUCAACCGAACGUCAAAAUGGUGUUCCAUCCCAUGCAGACGCAGCUUUCCUCUACACCCAGCCUCAAACUGCUUUGGGGUUCUGGUUUGCCUUAGAAGAUUGUACGCGUGAAAAUGGUUGUUUAUCCUAUAACCCAGGUACUCAUAAAACUUUCCCAAUAACGAAAAGAUUUGUCAAAAUCAAUGGGGGUCAAAGCGGCACCAAUUUUAUACCGGUGGACUACGACAAGUCCAAACCAAUUCCUCAGGACAACCCCGAUGACUAUAAGUUGGUUGAAUGUAAGGCUGGUUCCUUAAUUCUUAUUAAUAAUUCUGUUCUCCAUAAAUCAGAGUCAAAUAAGUCAAAUAAAUCCCGUUUUGCUUAUGCUUUCCAUCUCAUCGAUGGCGUCGAUGGUUACGAUGAAUUGAACUGGCUUCAAGUGCCUCCUGGUCCUACCAGAGGCGUUGAAUUCUCUAAAUUAUACUCUUCGUAGUGAAUAUAUAUGUCUUUAAUGUACGGAUCUAGA